AUGAACUCAAAAUCCUCAUCCCUCUUGCAUCUUUUGACAAUCUUGAUUAUUUUUUUCCCAGUUUCAAUUGAUUGUGAUGAUGCAAAGGACAAACAAGAAUGUGCACAGUCAUUGGCUGGGCUUGCCACGUGUCUGCCAUACGUUGGUGGCUCAGCUAGAACCCCCACAUCAGAUUGCUGCACCGGCCUGAAGCAGAUUUUGAAGACCAAUAAAAAGUGCCUUUGUGUGGUUGUAAAGGACGGAAAUGACCCUGACUUGUCCCUCGGUAUUAAUGUCACACUUGCUUUGGGCCUUCCUCAAGCUUGCAAUCAGCCUGCUAAUGUUUCACAGUGUCCUGGUAAGUGCAAGCUCGAAACCCGAGCUCGACUCGUUUACAUCUCUAAAUCGCUGCCUGUAAAACAUUUCUUUGCUCAACUUGCCUCCAAAUUCACCAGGGGCUCAGAUUUUCUAUAAGUUUGGGCCCAAAUCCAGCAAUGCUCCUGCCAGUAGCCCACUUGCUGGAGGCCCAACUCCCAAUGGAGCUAACGGUCCAAGUGCUGGUGUUCGAGGCGUUGGGGGGAGAACAAACAUAAGGCAGCCUCGUAUCAAUCAUGGAUCUUGCAUCCAAGUGAAGAGAAAUUGGCUUGGAUUGGAAAUAAUGUUUGGACUAAUUCUAUCAUAUGGUUUAGUUAUGUAUUAUUAGGUUCAAUAUCAUCUUUGGAUUUGAGGAAUAGCUCUUUGAUAGUUGAUACUCAAAACUCUUGUUUGGGACAAUAUCUAUUAGUUUGUACUCCAUCUUGAGAAUCAGUUACUUAUUUCAAGUAAAAUAAAAAUAAGAUGUUAAUGAGUAGAAAAUUAUUGUAUGAGGACAAUCUAACGAGUCGACCCAUCAUAUUAUGUGAAUAGAAAUGUAUACUUGUGUUAUUAAAUGCCAUACUUUUAUUUUUAAAAGUAUGACAUUUUAUAUGAGAAUAUGCUUGUAAGAUA